UUGGCCGAGGCUCCUCAGGGGACUAGGGGACCGAUCUGCGUAGAAGCGGGUGGCGGGGAAGAGGGGAGGAGAUCUCUGAGUGGGAAGCGGAGCCUGGGGCCCGGGACCCGUCGCGUCAGAGCCAGGCAAGUGAACCGGAGCAAACGACUUCCGAUCCAGUCUGCGCCGCUGCGGCUCCCGUUUGGGAUUUGAUUUGCAGCAUCUUCGAGCCUGUGCAACAAAAAAAAAACCGCGAAGCACGCCCAGCCCUCCCCGGCACCCUGUUACGCACCCACUCCCUCCCGGGGACACAGCUGGGCGCGUCCACACCCCCGCACCCCCCACACCAUGUUGUGCGGAAGGACUUCCACUCCCUGCCUCUGUCGUUGAUGUCAGACCCCAGGCCAGCCUCCGGGCGCUGCAGUUCUCCCGGCUAAUGCUGAGGCUGCGGCUCCGGCUCUAGCACAGGAACCAGCCGCAGCUGCCGCGCCCGGCCCCAGCGUCCACCGUCUGCAUGUGCCCGCCGUAGCCUUCUGCCCAGCCCGCAACCCGCGCUCCCCGGAGCGCUGGAGACCACCGCGGGGGGCCCCUUCUGCCCUUGGGAGAAGCGGUCUUGGAGGUAUUGAUCUCGGUGGUUGGAUUUUUCCCGUGGAUCUAUCAGUUCACAAUUUGAAUUUGGAAGAAAGAAGGAAAACAUGACGUCUCCGGCCAAAUUUAAAAAGGAUAAGGAGAUCAUAGCAGAGUACGAUACUCAGGUCAAAGAGAUCCGCGCCCAGCUCACGGAGCAGAUGAAAUGCCUGGAUCAGCAGUGUGAGCUCCGGGUGCAGCUUCUACAGGACCUCCAGGACUUCUUCCGGAAGAAGGCGGAGAUCGAGAUGGACUACUCCCGCAACCUGGAGAAGCUGGCCGAGCGCUUCCUGGCCAAGACGCGCAGCACCAAGGACCAGCAGUUCAAGAAGGAUCAGAAUGUUCUCUCUCCUGUCAACUGCUGGAAUCUCCUCUUAAACCAGGUGAAGCGGGAGAGCAGGGACCACACCACCCUGAGUGACAUCUACCUGAAUAAUAUCAUUCCUCGAUUUGUCCAAGUCAGCGAGGACUCAGGAAGACUCUUUAAAAAGAGUAAAGAAGUCGGCCAGCAGCUCCAAGAUGAUCUGAUGAAGGUCCUGAAUGAACUCUACUCGGUCAUGAAGACCUAUCACAUGUACAAUGCCGACAGCAUCAGUGCUCAGAGCAAGCUAAAGGAGGCAGAGAAGCAGGAGGAGAAGCAAUUUGGAAAAUCGGUAAAGCAGGAAGACCGGCAGACCCCACGCUCCCCUGACUCCUCAUCCAAUGUCCGCAUUGAAGAGAAGCACGUCCGGAGGAGCUCGGUGAAGAAGAUUGAGAAGAUGAAGGAGAAGCGCCAAGCCAAGUACACAGAGAAUAAGUUGAAGGCCAUUAAAGCUCGGAAUGAGUACUUACUGGCUCUGGAAGCAACCAAUGCAUCUGUCUUCAAAUACUACAUCCACGACCUGUCUGACCUUAUUGAUCAGUGUUGUGACUUAGGCUACCAUGCCAGCCUGAACCGGGCGCUACGCACCUUCCUCUCCGCUGAGCUGAAUCUGGAGCAGUCAAAGCACGAGGGUCUGGAUGCCAUCGAGAAUGCCGUAGAGAACCUGGAUGCCACCAGUGACAAGCAGCGCCUCAUGGAGAUGUACAACAAUGUCUUCUGCCCACCUAUGAAGUUUGAGUUCCAGCCCCACAUGGGGGACAUGGCUUCCCAGCUCUGUGCCCAGCAGCCUGUCCAGAGUGAGCUGGUUCAGAGAUGCCAGCAACUGCAGUCCCGCCUGUCCACUCUGAAGAUUGAGAACGAAGAGGUAAAGAAGACGAUGGAAGCCACUCUCCAGACCAUCCAGGACAUUGUGACUGUUGAGGAUUUUGACGUGUCUGACUGCUUCCAAUACAGCAACUCUAUGGAAUCUGUCAAGUCCACGGUCUCAGAAACCUUCAUGAGCAAGCCCAGCAUCGCUAAGAGGAGAGCCAACCAGCAAGAGACCGAGCAAUUCUAUUUCACGAAAAUGAAGGAGUACCUGGAGGGCAGGAACCUCAUCACCAAGCUACAAGCCAAGCACGACCUUCUCCAGAAAACCCUGGGAGAAAGUCAGCGGACAGAUUGCAGUCUGGCAAGGCGUAGCUCCACCGUGAGGAAGCAGGAUUCCAGCCAGGCAAUUCCUCUGGUGGUAGAAAGCUGUAUCCGGUUUAUCAGCAGACACGGACUACAGCAUGAAGGAAUUUUCCGGGUGUCAGGAUCCCAGGUGGAAGUGAAUGACAUCAAAAACGCCUUUGAGAGAGGAGAGGACCCGCUGGCUGGAGACCAGAAUGACCACGACAUGGACUCCAUUGCUGGCGUCCUGAAGCUUUACUUCCGGGGCCUAGAACAUCCUCUCUUCCCCAAGGACAUCUUCCACGACCUGAUGGCUUGUGUCACGAUGGACAACCUGCAGGAGAGAGCUCUGCACAUCCGGAAAGUUCUCCUGGUCCUGCCCAAAACCACUCUGAUUAUCAUGAGAUACCUCUUUGCCUUCCUCAAUCAUUUAUCACAGUUCAGUGAAGAGAACAUGAUGGAUCCCUACAACCUCGCCAUCUGCUUCGGGCCCUCACUGAUGUCAGUACCCGAGGGCCACGACCAGGUGUCCUGCCAAGCCCACGUGAACGAGCUGAUCAAAACCACCAUCAUCCAGCAUGAGAACAUCUUCCCAACCCCCAGGGAGCUGGAAGGCCCCGUCUACAGCAGAGGAGGAAGCACAGAGGACUACUGUGACAGCCCUCAUGGAGAGACCACCUCGGCUGAGGACUCAACCCAGGACGUGACCACAGAGCACCACACCAGCGAUGACGAGUGUGAGCCCAUCGAGGCCAUUGCCAAGUUUGACUACGUGGGCCGGACAGCCCGAGAACUGUCCUUCAAGAAGGGGGCAUCCCUGCUGCUUUACCAGCGGGCUUCUGAUGACUGGUGGGAAGGCCGGCACAAUGGCAUCGACGGACUCAUCCCCCAUCAGUACAUCGUGGUCCAAGACACCGAGGACGGUGUCGUGGAGAGGUCCAGCCCCAAGUCUGACAUUGAGGUCAUUUCUGAGCCACCUGAAGAAAAGGUGACAGCCAGAGCGGGGGCCAGCUGUCCCAGUGGGGGUCAUGUAGCCGAUAUUUAUCUUGCAAACAUCAACAACACCUUAUAUCUCCAGACCUCAAAGCUCAAGACCACCAAGCAAAGGAAGAGGCCAGAAUCUGGGAGUAUCCGGAAAACAUUUCGGAGCGACAGCCAUGGGCUGAGCGGUUCCCUGACUGACUCGGCCACCCCGGGGGUGGGGGCUAGCUGCCGCCCAUCUUCCCAGCCCAUCAUGAGCCAGAGUCUCCCCAAGGAAGGGCCAGAUAAGUGUUCUAUCAGUGGGCAUGGGAGCCUCAACUCCAUCAGCCGCCACUCGUCCCUGAAGAAUCGGCUGGACAGUCCACAGAUCCGGAAGACAGUGACAGCAGGGAGGUCAAAGAGCUUCAAUAACCAUCGGCCCGUGGACCCUGAGGUCAUUGCACAGGAUAUUGAGGCAACUAUGAACUCUGCCCUGAAUGAGCUGCGGGAGCUCGAGCGGCAGAGCAGUGUCAAGCACACUCCUGAUGUGGUUCUGGACACCUUGGAGCCCCUCAAAACUUCCCCAGUGGUGGCCCCCACAUCAGAGCCCUCCAGCCCGCUGCACACCCAGCUCCUCAAGGACCCCGAGCCCGCCUUCCAGCGCAGUGCCAGCACUGCCGGGGACAUCGCCUGCGCCUUCCGGCCUGUCAAGUCAGUCAAGAUGGCUGCCCCCGUCAAGCCGCCAGCCACACGACCCAAGCCCACGGUCUUCCCCAAAACAAACGCCACUAGCCCUGGUGUCAACUCAUCAUCUUCCCCACAGUCCACUGACAAGUCUUGUACUGUCUGAGGGAUGUAACUUAAUUGUUCUAGACAAGGGGACUGGAGGGAAUGACUGUUAUUAAAAAAAAAAUCUUCCUAUUUAACUAGCUUGGGGACUUCAGUUGAAAAUUAGAUUCUAAGUUGUUCUUGCAGGAAUUAGCCUUCCCGUCACCCAAAACCUUGAGAAUGAAGCCCUCGUUACCACCCUGCCCUGCCCUUCCCACUGCCCUCUGCUUCUCCCCGUCGUCGUAAUCCAGCCAGCCGCAGUACAUACUGUUCUUAGGGUAGCCAGAGAUAGGAUUUUCCAUUAUCAGGUCACUGUGAAAUCUGGCACGGCGAGUCACGAGGACACGGGCUCACGUCUCCGUCCCCUCAGACACAGGGGAUGCCUGACCAGAUGGUUGGCUGCUGAAAGCCAGCUCUCAGUGGCAUCUUGUUUUGGGUACUGACUAUAGAGAACCAUAUAUAGUCCAUUCUUCGUUUUACACACACACACACACACACACACACGUUUUUUUUCUCGUCUCUGGCAUGUGGAGCCUCUCCUGGUCCCAGACCAGUCUCUUUCUAACUUAUUGUGGCAGUUCACACAAGAGCCACCAGGGGUCUCUGUUUCUGUUCCAACUCUUGUUCUGUCUGGGCCAGAGGACCUAACCUUUGAAAUCUCUCCAUCAUAAAAAAUUGAGCACGAUGGAACUGGAUCCUGUAAUCUGUCUGGGGUUGGAAGCUUUCUCUCUGUCUUCUUUCUAUUGGUGUGAACUGGUCAUUGGUGUUUGCUUUUGCUCUCCUCCAUCCUCUAGGAAUACAACCCAGUCUUUUUAUAGAACUUCUGAAGUUUUUCUGAAUGUUUAGACAUUUCUCGGGUUCCUGUCUUUGUCUCUGAUGGGCCAUUUUCCAUUUAAGACACUUUCCUGUAUAAGACAGUUUUAUAGCUGGUUCCUUUUAGGGUAAAGAGUCUUAAGAGAAUUUUACUUGUGUUUAUGGCAGGUUUGGAAAAGGUGAGAAAUAGGUCCUUCUUCCUCCCACGGUUUUUGGGCAUUUAAGACAAAAUUCAUUAUCUUAUUCAAAAAUUAAAGUCAGCUUUGCUAGCCCCCCAAAUUGUUCCCGAAUGAAAAUGUAACCUAAAGUUCACCUCUCUGGUUUGGUUAUUCUGUAAGAUCUCUCUUCAGGGACCAACAGGGGCUUGGAGAGCCCUAGUUAGAUUAAAGAGAGACAUUACUCCUUAAAACCUGUGGGUUUUUGUUUUUGUUUUUGUUUUUGUUUUUGUUUUUUUUCCAAAUAAGAACAACUAAGAGAGCUUUGGCCCUGUGGGUUCUAAAGUCUUCCCGAGACCGGAAUCUAACAAAAUAAAAAAUUGGGAUACUGAAUAUUUUGGCCUUCUGUUGGCCUUUUUUCUGGUUCUCCUCCCAAAAAAGCAGAAAUGAUGCCCUUGCCUACUUUAAUCUGGUCUCUAAACCUGGUGCCCCUGGUCCCGGCUUCCCUGGCUUCACGCUGUCCUGGCAGUAGGGCUGGGGACUGCCCCACCCCCUGUUGCAUGAGUCUCAGAGAACUCCUUCAGUUAAAGCUGAAGCUCAUUCCUUUUUAUUUCCUGGCUUUAAAUCUAUGCUUUUAGCCUUAUUUUCUAUAGAUCAAGAGAGGUGGUGGGUUGCCAUUCAGAUAGGAAAAUCUGAGUUUCCUUAUGUUUAGCCUAGAAGAUCCUUUUUGGAUCUUCUGAAGUUGGCAGUUGGUGCUGUGGAAAGUGGUAGGAUUUUCCUCAUUCUGGGUGAAGGAAAGAGCAGCUUUGGGGGGCAUCGCUAAUCACUAAAGGCUAACCUGGCACACCAGGAUGACCACCCUAAGAGCUAGAAAGGAGAAAGGAAGAACUCGUCAGUGGAGUGCGUCAGCCUAUGAGAAGUGACCCGCAGGCCUCUGGUUCUUGGCUUUUGUUGCUCUGUUCACUGGCCUGUCGUCAUCUGUCACAUGGACUUGCACAGGUCUUGAGCCAACAGGGGCUUUCAGACCAAAGGAUCUGUUUCCUUAAUGAAAACGGAAGCCCUCCCCUUCACUUUACAUUCCUUUUGCUCCAACCGAUCAACACUGGGACCCACACCUGCCCUUUCCCCCUCCUCCCAGCAAACUCCUCUCUGAGAAAGUCAAAGCAAAGCUUUCUGAAUGACAACGCUUUGGGCCCCUUUGGUUGUUCCUGCCUUAUUUCUCACGCGGCCCUUGUACAUGACUUGUGUCCACCAUCCCCUUGGUCAGUGUCCCUCUGCUGAUUUGCCUCAUGAACUGGACAGUGUGUGAGCAGCCACCUACUUCCCCCAGCUCUGGGAGCCACGUUGUCUUCCCCUCUCUGGUGCUCCUGAUACCUGCGAGACCGACCUGUCGAGGGGACUAGGAACCCACAGAAGGAGAGUCCUUCUCGGCAGAGCUCCUGCGGCCAACUGGAAUUCAGGCUGCACACUGUGAUCUUUACACCGAAGAGCCAAAAGGAGCUGGCCACCCAGGACCUAGGGAGACCAGUCUUCCUCAGAUCUGCUUGCCUCAACCAGCAUGAUGCUUCAGAGAGCCCCACUCCGCCCCUUGAGGCAUGGAUCCUUCUCUUGGUGCAGACUCGGGUCAGUCUUUGGGGGAUUGGAGGCGGGGUGGGGCUACCAGCAUCCCAAUCUGGAAGAGAGGAGUUUGCAGCCAGCAGCCUGUCAGCUGGAAACACUGGUCUCAGCCAACCCUCUCAGGGCGCCCUGGUUUCUCCCCAAGGAGAUGAGGAGAGAUGACGCCAGCAACAGGAUGAACAGACCACCGGAAGGGCUGGUGUGUGUGUACCCCACGUGCAGAAGAGAAGCUUAGAUCUUCCAGGGAAUUGCAAUGUUGUGGCGUCUGACUUGUAUGUCACGUUUGUGUAAAAUGGUAUAUUCUUUAAAAUAGUGUUGAUAACUGGAAUAUUGUAUGUAUGCUUGGAGAUGCUUUGUGUGAACCUAAGACUGUCACUCAACAGAUGUUGGAUUGGGGAAAAUCCAAAGCACAACUUCGAAAUAAAAUACGUUUUUAGGUUUC